CUCUACUCCAUUGAUUCCUUUCUCUCCCCUCCCCUCCUUUCCGCUGUUUUAACCGUGCCCCCAAUCGCCCCCGGUUAACUACUCACUGAAUCAUCGCCAUUAUGGAAGAGAGGGCACUCGAGGACUUUGAGAAGAGCGACGGAGCCCUGCGCACCAUCAAAGAUUUGGGUGCUGGUGCAGCCGGUGGAAUUGCUCAGGUUCUUCUUGGACAACCCUUCGAUAUUGUCAAAGUGCGGUUGCAAACAACCACUCAGUAUGCCAACGCCCUCGACUGUGCGAGCAAGAUUUUCAAGAACGAGGGCCCCGCUGCGUUUUACAAGGGAACAUUGACCCCCUUGAUUGGAAUCGGUGCCUGUGUUAGCGUGCAAUUUGGUGCGUUUCAUGAAGCCCGCAGGCGCCUUGAGGAAUUGAACAAGAAGAAAUACGCCGAUAGCAGCCUUUCCUACGGGCAAUAUUACAUGGCUGGUGGGUUCGCGGGUAUCACCAACUCCGUUCUCUCUGGGCCGAUUGAGCAUAUCCGUAUUCGCAUGCAGACCCAGCCGCACGGCGCAGACCGGUUGUACAAUGGCCCUAUCGACUGCAUCCGUAAGCUCUCUGCUCAGGGAGGCGUCCUGCGGGGCCUCUACCGUGGUCAGAACGUCACCUAUCUCCGUGAGAUCCAGGCUUAUGGCAUGUGGUUCUUGACCUUUGAAUACUUGAUGAACCAGGAUGCCAAGCGCAACAAUGUCAACCGCGAGGAUAUCUCCAGUGUCAAGGUCGCCACCUACGGUGGAUUGGCUGGUGAGGCGCUUUGGCUGAGCAGCUACCCAUUUGACGUGGUGAAGAGUAAGAUGCAGUGCGAUGGCUUCGGGGCUCAGCAACAGUUCAAGAGCAUGACAGACUGCUUCAAGAAGACAUAUGCUACCGAGGGUCUCGCUGGCUUCUGGAAGGGUAUUGGCCCUACCCUGCUGAGAGCUAUGCCUGUGUCGGCUGGAACAUUCGUCGUUGUCGAGCUUGCCAUGAAGGCAAUGGGUUAAAUUAACUCCCUGAAAUGACCCCCAUUGUUCAUUCACGUUCUCUUUUUGUUUCCUACCACGAACUAUUGAUAUCCAAUUUUCGUUCACAUUCAACAGUGAGGAAAAAGCUAUUAGAUUUCCUUUUCUUAAACACGCACAGUUUGGAGUGGCUUGUUUUGGUCAUCCGGUUUUAGCAUUCAGGUGAUAGAUGGCUCAAUUUAUGGAUAUGAUGCCCUCAUGCGUUUUUCUUUUUCUCUCCCUCCUGGUCCAUAGUACUAUUAGCUUUUAAGUUGUAUGAGGUUGCAUUAAAACGAGCAUUGCGCCGUUUGAGAAGUUCCCUGGGGACUUUGAAUCAGCAGCUUCUAUGUAAACUUGAUCGAAAGCGCUAGAGGAUGCACGAAUUGUAAUUCCAGUCCGUUGAAUGUAGCGUGGAUGGGCUGUAAAAAUUCCCGCCGGACGACAAAUAUCAGAAAGAGGAUAUGUUUAUGUGUUUCCUACCUUAAGAGCAAAUAUGGGGUAUUUCGGAGACUGGAGUAUGAACAUCCAAACGGGUAAAGCGCUGUACCUGGCUGCCUUAGGCACCAAGCUCGCCAAGCCCGACAUCAAAAGUUCGAGCGGAAGAUAACCCAGGAAGUUAUUGCUGGUGGAAAUCGG